AUGCCCAUAGCCACACCUGAAACGCCCGUACUCGCGGCUCAAGACUCGCCCAUCGAUACGCGCCUGCCGGUCACCCUUCUUUCUGGUUUCCUAGGAUCUGGCAAGACGACAUUGCUUUCCUACAUCCUCAAGUCGAAAGACCAUGGCUUGCGAUGCGCUGUCAUCGUUAACGAUAUGGGAGCUUUGAACAUCGACGCUUCCCUGAUCUCGAACCACAAACUCACCCAGAAAGAAGAGAAACUCAUCCAAAUGCAGAACGGCUGUAUCUGUUGUACGCUCCGCGCGGACUUGCUGGAAGAGGUGGCCAACCUAGCUGAGGCGGGGUCUUUCGACUACCUGAUCAUCGAAAGUUCAGGUAUUUCUGAGCCAAUCCAGGUCGCCGAAACCUUCACUCAAGAGUUCGCCGAAUCCAUCGACAACGAGGAUGAAAUCGCCGAAAUCGAGGCGUCUAUUCCUACCGACCCCUCCGACCCCAAAUCUACCCCUGAGUCCCGUAAACGUCUCGCCCGGCUCAUCGCCCAAGGAGGAUUAUCAAAGAUCGCUCGUCUGGAUACUUGCGUUAGUAUGGUGGAUUGUACGACCUUUUUGAGUGAUUUCGACACGACGGACUUCUUGACGGAUCGACAUGGCGCGGAGGUUACACCGGAGGAUGAGAGGAACAUUACCGAUCUUCUUACCGAUCAAAUCGAGUUUGCCAACGUCAUUCUCCUCAACAAAACUGAUAUGGUCUCGAAAGAACAAGUUGGCAGUAUCGAGAACCUCGUCCGCACCCUGAACCCCGCGGCGAAGAUCCUGCGAACAACCUACUCCAAGGUCGAUCUCAGAGAACUGCUGAAUACGCGCUCGUUCGAUUUCGAAAAGGCUGCUACUGGCGCGGGAUGGUUGCAGUCCCUCAAGGAGAGUAGCAAGGUCCCUUUCACGGAUGCUGAUGGUGUGACGAGGAUGAUCCCGAAGCCGGAAACUCUCGAAUAUGGCAUCGGCUCAUUCGUCUACCAAGCGCGACGACCUUUCCAUCCGCGUCGACUCUGGGACCUCGUCUCGGCGCCGUUUGCUAUCUUGCAGACCACCUUCGAGGACGACGACGAAGAUGAAGACAGCGAUGCAGACGCCGAGAUGGAAGUCACUGGAGAUGCUGAGAGCGAAACCGAAGAUGCAGAGAUGUACGAUGAAGAAAAGGCCAAGGCGGAGACUUUGCGUCAGCUCCAGGCGGACAAGGCUGCGCUGGACUUGCCCGCGCGAGCCAAGGUCAAGCGCGAGUCUCCCGUCUGGAAGGGACUCUUGCGAAGCAAAGGGUUCAUCUGGUUGGCGUCCCGACCGGAUGUUCACGGCGAAUGGUCGCAAGCGGGUAUCAUGUUCACCAUGGCGGGUGGAUCGAGGUGGUUUUGCACCACGCCCGAGGAAGAUUGGCCGCUUGCCGAGAUGGAAGGAGCUAAGGAAGCUAUCAAGCAGGACUUCUAUGGCAAAUGGGGAGAUCGCCGUCAAGAGCUUGUCUUCAUCGGACAAGAACUUGACAAGGAUCUGAUCACAAAAACCUUGAACGAGGUUCUGUUGACCGAUUCCGAAUGGGCUCAGUGGGAGAAGAUCAUGAACUCUGAGCGUAAAACCGAAAAGAAGCAUCAGAAGCUGUUCGAAACUUUCGAGGAUGGUUGGGAAGACUGGCUCGAUCCGCAAGGCGAAGACGAGCACGACGAGGUUCCGGCUGCCAAACAAGAGCAUACUGCCAAGCACAAACAUGCGCAUGACCAUUCGCAUCACGACCACUCGAUCGCCAACAAGCGCAGGAAGACUGCAGCUGUUGAGGCUAUGAACGCCGCCGCUAUUGCUGUUUAGUAUAUUCAAGGCUUACAAUGCAGAUUGGCGUGGACUGUAAUACAGAUACUGUACGAGCCCAUGAAACGGAGCCAUCGGAAGUUGACACCUUUUGUC